CCAACCAAACACAUCCCGGUGGAUUUAUGCCUUCUCAGGCUUCUCAGUACGCUAAUUCAGCUCCAUCUCAAGUUAAGGUUAUUGCGAUGCUGUUUAACAAAAAUGUAAGGUCCUUAGAUGUUCGUUUCGACCUUGAUGAUGGAAUUGGCCGAGUUGAAUGUAUAAGAUGGGUAACUGAAAGUGUUGACACAAGAGAAAUGGAUGCCUUAGAUAAGGAAGGAACUUAUGUUUGUGUCAUUGGACACUUGCAAAGCUUUCAAGGCAAAAUGCAAUUAAAUGCCUUCUGUGUAAGGUACGGUUUAAAUUUUCUAGUUUCUCCAAUUUGCUGAGAGUGUUACCUCUGUCCAUAGU